CAUACACAUACACACACACACACACACACACACACACACGGCGGAGUCUACCUCUGAGCUAACCAGACCCUGCAGGUCAACUCCCCCCACUGCUGUACCCGGGCCAGGGCAUUAACAUCUUCAUGUAGAUACCGUCUCUUAACCUAAAGGUGUUCCAAAAUGUCUCUAACCCUUUAAAGUAAACAUUUAAACCGAAAGCAAACUUUUUCCUGUUUGCCCCAGGAACAAACCGUACCUGCUUUCAGAUAAACAGAGUUGAUUGAAUGACCGUGGGAAAAUGUUAGUUCCAAAACAUUUGCCUUGCAGUAACAUGUAGGAAAAACGCUUAAAAACUCACAUCCUCUUUUUAUCAUAUCUCAGAUGCUGAGCAUGAGGUAAUGUUUCUUCAAAGUUCAAACUACUGACAAAGAUGUGCAUUUCUACAUUUAAUUCAAACACAAAAACCAAGCUACCUCCAUUAUAAUUACAAUUAUAAUCAUUAUAAUCGUAUAAUGUCUUACAAUCACAUCAACAUAACCAUUCAAACAGAGUAUACAAAACUUUAAUAAAAAAACACCUCAAAACAAUCACAGAGAGGCGGCUUUAGCGACCCUGCUGCCACCUGCUGGUGGAAUAGUGUCAUUGCACUGGGGACUGCGCUGUAAUGGUAGGGGGCGGGGUUGUUCCCUGAUAGCGGGACAACCUGCUCAGAAUGACGGAUUUAAUGGGAUCAGGGCCCGCUGAUCCCCUGGACGGAUGGUAGCUCUCAUCAAGCUUUAUUUAACCAGUCGUUCAGCGGACAGCCAUGGGACAGAAAGGCUGCCGUUUUUCACUCUUCUUCUUCUCGCCAGUGCAGCUAUACUAUCUCUCCUUCUCCAUCCAGGCCAACCUCGCCCUGUCCCCCAGCUCUCUGUUUCCCUUACCGCGGACCCCCGAGGUUAAGCACCGGACAGCCUGUGCCCCCUCGUCCCCCACCCCGGUGCCCGGUUCCCCCGGCACCCCCCGCAGCAGCCCCCCCCCACCACCGCCGCCGCCACAUAUCCGCCAGUCCAGCGAGGAGGAGGAGGCGGUUUGCUUCGAGUCCCCGCCAGAGGGCAACCCCCUCCCCAGCUUCAACAAGACACGUGCACGCCUGUCCGUCAAGAGGCGCCCGCCCACCAGACGCCACCGCCAGUCCCAGGGAGAGGAGGGGGCGCGCGGCAACGGCCUGACUCCAUGGCAACCGGAGCCGGCCAGCCCUGGACCCGAGCAGAACACGGGGAAGGAGGCGUCGGAACGCACGUCACAGGACCCUACCGCUCCCCUGAACCAAUCAGAGCGCAGGGAGGAGAACCAUGCACAGACAGUUGGGGAUGAGGACAUGGCUGAAAACGCUGAAGGUUGCGAAGCAGAUCUGGCAACCCUGGGGGGUUCGGAUGCUUCGGAGGAUGAACGGCGACCCACUGCCUCUGCUGGCAUUUGCAGGAAGGAGGAAAUGACUGCCAAGAAAGCAUUGCAACAGGAGGAACGGGAGACGGCCUAGACUGCAUAAAUGUUUCCAUGCAGUAAAGGAACAGAAAAUACAUCAGGGUUAAUAAGUUAUUCGAUAGUUCAAAGAUCAGUACACAGACGACAGAACUACAGAUUACAAUAUUCAAAGAGCAUCGAGUGUCAUCAGGCAAAACUAUUUGUUGAAAAACUAAAAUAUUGGUUUUAGUGUGUAAAACCACUUGAAAGCCUUAGGUUUUGAUGAAUUUGCCCUGAGAUUAAACUCUUAUUGCCUUUGUCUCCAUCUACCGGUCUUGUUGGGAAAAAGUUUGUUGGGAAAUACAAUCGUGGGAAAUGACACGGAAUCCUGUCAGUCAUAUUGAACAUUUCCAAGAAACAUUGGUUCUUUGCGCGGAAUAAGGAGGAGUUAUGAUACAGUAUACAACACAUUUAGACUUAACUUAAACAGACAUUAAUGUACCUACAUAAGUCUUGAACACCAGAAUCAAUAAAAAAAAAAAAAGUUUAUAACCAUUUAAAGUAAUUUAAUAAAAAUUGACAAUUUCUUCCUAUAUCAAAGAUUUAUACAUGUGUGUGAUAGGAGUCAUAUAAAACAGAAAUUAAAAAAACGUCGCAACUUCUCGCUUUUCCUGUAAAAUGAAUGGGUGAAGUUCGUUGAAAUGAUUUCUUGCACUGUCGUUAAGAGGGUAUUUUUACAUGAGGAUGACAUUAUUUUGCAAGGGAAAUGAAUGCGCGCGCGC